UUUACAACAUGGCCGCUGGAGGGAGCCGCGUCUCGCAUGGUUUCCCCAAACUCAGUUGUAUCUCAGCCGCCCUGGGCGGAGGCCCCCAUCGCAGGCCGUGACGUCGGGCGCGCGUGUGUGUUCUCAUGCCAUGUAGGCGCGGUGCGAGUCCCUGCGAGGACCUGGAUCCCGUCAUCCGCGGUUCAAACUCUCGCCAAUUCUCGGGCCGCGCGGCCAGCGGAGGUGGAGGCGCGGGCGGCGCUGCCAUGGCCGUCCUGCGAGUCAAGCGCGCCCUGCAGGCGCUCCUGCUGGUGUCGGCGCUCGCCUACAUGUCCCUCCUGCUCUACCAAAGUGUGACGGCCACCGGCUACGCACAGCAGGGUCCCGGAAGGCCGGCGUCGUCUGGAGCGGGGCUCGUGGCGCCGCCGCCGCCGCCCGCGGGCUUGUCACUGCGCCAGCCCCAGCAGGCCUCCAACGGCGACCUGGAGGCGGCGGCGGCCGUCCCGGUGGCGGCGGACAGCAACAGUCUGGACCCGGACCCCGUGACGGUGCCCCCGCUGCCGCCCAUGCAGCCCCCGGGCGGCGCGGCGGGGGGCGCCGGCGGCGCCGGCGGCAUGGUCCCCGUCAGCGGCCCGGGCGUCAUGACGGCCGCCACGGCCACGAGCAAGCCGCCGACCACCACGCUGCAGGACAUCUUCGUGAGCGUCAAGACCACCCGGUCCUACCACCGCUGGAGGCUGCCCGUCAUCAUCAAGACGUGGUUCCAGCUCGCCAAGGAUCAGACCUGGUUCUUCACCGACACGGACGACCCCGAUUUCCAGAAGAAGACGAACGGUCACAUGGUCAACACCAACUGCUCAUCGUCCCACAACCGGCGCGCGCUCUGCUGCAAGCUGUCCGUGGAGUUGGACACGUUUCUGGACAGCGACAAGAAGUGGUUCUGCCACUUCGACGACGACAACUACGUGAACAUCCCCCGGCUGGUCCGAGUGUUGGGCGACUACAGCCCCCAGCAGGACUGGUACCUCGGCAAGCCGAGCACCAAGGCCCCGCUGGAGAUCAUCAGCAGAGAGAACAAAUCGCAGAAGAUCUCCUUCUGGUUCGCCACGGGAGGCGCCGGCUUCUGUCUGAGCCGGGCGCUCGCCCUCAAGAUGCUGCCAGUCGCAGGGGGCGGCAAGUUCAUCAGCAUCGGCGAGAAGAUUCGGCUCCCGGAUGACGUCACGAUGGGAUACGUUAUUGAGCACCUGCUGCGGAAGCCGCUGACCGUCAUCGACCAGUUCCACUCGCACUUUGAGCCCAUGAAGUUCAUCCGUCAGGAGACGAUGCACGAGCAGAUCACGUUCAGCUACUCUCGGUACAGCAAGCACGAGGUGAAUGUACUCAAGAUCGACGGCUUCGACUCCAGGCUUGACCCUACCAGAUUCCUGUCACUCCACUGCCUGCUCUUCUCUUACCUGAGCUUUUGCCCGAGGUGACCAAACUGAAGACAUUGGUUUGGCAGCCGCCAAUCAAUCUCUGGACUCUAGUCGGAUCAGCGUCAGUAUUCUGAUAAAGUAGCGUGCUGCAGUGCUGGGCAGAACAAACAAAACAUGAAUGUGCUCGAGAAAGCCACAUACAUUUUUAAAAUGUAAAGGCACAGGAAAGGAUCUUCAAUGUCACCUUAAACUUUACAUGCUCGAGUACAAAUUCGUUUUACACAUUUGAAGAAAUGUAUCUCUUUUAAAUUUUGGUCUUCCUGAAAUUUUUUGAGCAGUUUAUUUUAAUUGGCUUAAAUUUUGAGUUGCUCUGUAAAACCAUAAUGAAUUUUUAAAGACCCAUGGAAAUUUAUGUUUUCAGUAUUGAAAGGAAAUGGACUCAGAAGGAGCUUUAGUCAAUCUGGGGAAGCCUAGUCAUUAAGCGGCAGGCAAACAGGGGGGUAGGAUUUUUGCUGUGAUCGUCAUCAGUCUUCCUUGUAUUUUAUUAAUACAUGUUGAUGUAAAUUAAUUAUCUACAUCCAAGUUUUGAAGAUGUGCUUUGCCUUGUAGGCAUUUUAGUCAGGAAUUUCAUAUUUAUUUGAUAUUCAGAUGGAGGAACUUCCCCUCUUUAUGGUGCUCAGUAUAUUUAAGUUGAAUGAAGCUGGGUACUGCAAUGGGCCCUGUUUAUGUUUAGUGUAUAUAUAUAAAGAAAAAUUGAAUGAAUUAAUUUAGUUUACAAAAUUUUGAUCAAGUAAAACACAACUGUGUUUCCAGUUACCAUCUCCUUUAACCCACAAACUCAUUGAAUUGAAUGAUAAAACUGUAUUUUGUGGAAAUUUUGAUUUAAUAAUGAUUCAAUAAUAAAAUUAUUGAUCGGGGGAGGAUGUAUAUCUGCUUAAGUGUCCAGGCAGCAAAGCUCAAAAUCUUUGAAAUGAUCUUCUGUGUUAUUGUGAGAUAGAUUUUUUAUAUGUGCCAUACAAAUAAGCUAUGUUCUAAGGAUCUCUAAUUGUAAUGUACAUAAUUGUGUACAGAAAUUUAUAAUUGUAGAAAUUGUACAUAAUCUAAAUUGUAGUAUUGUUGUAUUUGUUAAAUCUUCAAAAAUAUAGGUACUUAAAAAUAA